UGUCCGUGGUGCUGAACACUCCCUGCGUUAAUCACUCUCCUUGCGCCAAGCCGGAGAACCGGUAACUUGUUUUAUUUCUGCUUAUCGGGCUUUUCUCUUGAUAUAAUUCUCUUCAUAACAUUCUCCAUUUAGCAUUCAACAUAAUAGCCCCAUAAAUCUGGAACAUAUGGUCUUUUUUUCGUAUAAACUGAUGGCGAUGGUGCCUGUUUUUUCUUUCUUUUACCGAAGUUUUGAGACGCUUAUUACAAAUAAAUCUGACACUUUUGUUACCUUUGACGCAAACGACUCAUAAUAUUUAUUUGACUUUCCCUUAUUUAGAAAAGGUGAAAGCAGAGAUUUUUUUCGUUUCGUGAUUACUAUAUGACUUUGGCUGGAGUCUGUCCUACUUUUCAUUUUUUCUUGAAACCGCCCAUCAUGAAAACACAUCCGAAACUUCCUUAUUAGUAAUGCUCUUUAACGUGAUAACUCAGUAAACAGAUUUAUUCUGUUAAACAUAUAUGCCAUUUGUUCCAGCUCUCUAGUCUCCUGAAGUUCAUCAUAAUGUCAAGCAGGAGUGCGUUCAUAUCUAUUUAACGGAAAUCACCAGUAUCUCCGGCAGCGACCGGACGGCCGAAGUGGAAAUAUAACGGAGAAGCCUAACACUGGAAAGGGGUAGAAGCAAGAAACGAAGGAGCGCGCUUACUUACAUUUCCAGGCAACAUGGAGUUUAACAAAGAGGAGAUGAAGAAGUUUGCUGGGAAAGCCUUAGGAAAACUGCACAGGGUGUUAGAGAAGAAGCAGGCCAAUGGCGAGACCAUUGAGCUUACUGAGGAAGGCCGGCCAGUUGAGAUGAAAGAACACUCUCGUCCUAUGGUGGACUGCACGUGUUUUGGUUUACCUCGCCGUUACAUCAUCGCCAUCCUCAGUGGCAUUGGCUUUUGCAUUUCAUUUGGCAUCCGCUGCAACCUGGGUGUAGCCAUUGUGAGCAUGGUGAACAACAACACAAUCUAUGAAGGAGGCAAAGUCAUCAUUCAGAAAGCCCAGUUUUCUUGGGACCCGGAAACAGUAGGGAUGAUCCAUGGCUCCUUUUUUUGGGGGUAUAUUGUAACUCAAAUCCCUGGAGGCUUCAUAGCUCAGAAAUUUGCAGCCAACAGAGUGUUUGGGUUUGCCAUUGUUGCUACAUCUACACUGAACAUGCUGAUUCCAACAGCAGCACGAGUGCACUAUGGCUGUGUGAUCUGCGUGAGGAUACUGCAAGGACUGGUGGAGGGAGUGACUUACCCAGCUUGCCAUGGUAUAUGGAGUAAAUGGGCACCACCACUGGAAAGGAGUAGACUGGCCACAACAGCAUUCUGUGGCUCCUACGCAGGUGCUGUAGUGGCUAUGCCACUGGCUGGUGUCCUAGUGCAGUACUCUGGCUGGUCCUCGGUCUUCUAUGUGUAUGGUAGUUUUGGAGUGACUUGGUACUUGUUUUGGAUUAUGGUCUCAUAUGAGAGCCCUGCUGUACAUCCUACUAUUACUGAAGAAGAAAGACGCUAUAUUGAAGAAAGUAUCGGCGAGAGUGCCAAGUUAAUGAACCCCCUGCAGAAAUUCAAAACCCCUUGGCGCAAGUUCUUUACAUCAAUGCCAGUCUAUGCAAUCAUCGUUGCCAAUUUUUGCAGAAGCUGGACUUUCUACCUCCUGCUUAUUAGCCAGCCCGCCUACUUUGAGGAAGUCUUUGGAUUUGAAAUCAGCAAGGUUGGCUUGCUUUCUGCAUUGCCUCAUCUUGUCAUGACAAUUAUUGUUCCAAUCGGGGGACAGAUUGCAGACUUUCUUCGGAGCCGACAACUUAUGUCCACCACAAAUGUCCGUAAGAUGAUGAAUUGUGGGGGUUUUGGAAUGGAAGCCACUCUUUUGCUUGUAGUUGGAUUUUCUCACACCAAGGGUGUUGCCAUCUCAUUCUUAGUCCUUGCUGUUGGUUUCAGUGGAUUUGCAAUAUCAGGUUUCAAUGUGAAUCACCUGGACAUUGCUCCUCGUUAUGCCAGCAUCCUGAUGGGCAUUUCUAAUGGUGUGGGUACACUCUCUGGCAUGGUAUGUCCACUCAUAGUGGGUGCAAUGACUAAACACAAGACACGUGAAGAGUGGCAAUACGUCUUCCUCAUAGCAUCUCUGGUCCAUUAUGGAGGGGUGAUUUUCUAUGGGAUCUUCGCCUCUGGAGAAAAGCAACCUUGGGCUGAACCAGAGGAAAUGAGUGAUGAGAAGUGUGGCUUCAUCCAUGAAGAUGAACUGGCUGAGGAGACGGAAGACUUUCACAGCACCACUCUUGCUUCUGGGGGUGGAUAUGGGGCCACCAGCACUCAUGCACCCCUCUCCAAUAAUGGAGGUUGGGCCACAGACUGGGACAAAAAAGAAGAAUUUAUCCAGGAUCCUGGGAGAGAUCCAUACAUGUAUGGAAGUCCUGAGGACAGAGAUUUAUCCUGAGCACAGAGCAAUAAUGUAGUCUGCUAGCUACCAACAAGUAGAGCCAUUCAAGAACUGUUACUUCUAUCUGCUGAUUGUUUUCUUUUAUUAAAUAAAACCAUACCUGCUGGACUUUGCCCAACUAUUAGGGGUGGAGCACACUAUUACUAGGGUGUGUUUGCCCAACUUUUGAGUUGAAUGCUCAGCACUGCAGGGUAGCAACACCAGCAAAAAACAGUUCCAGUGAAUCUGGAAUUAACCAAAUUGUCUCACAUCCCUGCAGAUUGUCACACAGCAACAUAUAAUUCUUCAAGGUCUGCGGUUACAUGUGCUUCACACUCUUCUAAUUUAUUGAGCUGUCAUGGUUUUAUUUUAAAAGCAAAUGCACUGAUAUGAUAGGCUGUGCUGAAGAAGUAACAGUUGCUAACAAUUCAUUUGUCACCUUGAUGAUGUUCUGCAUUGUUCUGGAAGCAAGACAGACAGAAAUGGCUUUUAGAUGGAGUUUACUUGGCUUGAUGUUGCAUUCAUCUGUAUUGGUGAACCUGUCAUUUGAUCUAGGCCCCUCUUUCUUUGCCCCUCAAACUUCUUUUAGUUAUAUGUGUAUUGCAAUCACAUUCUGGUUCAUAUGGAUCAUUAAUAUUCUAACAACGCCACCCUAAACCAUUGGAUAAUGAGGCAGAGGGGACUAUCCUUUUCCAUAUUAAUGUAGAUUGGUCCUUACUAAAUUUGGUCAUCUCUCAGGUCUAGUUACAUCAGCAGUUACAGGUGAGGAUGAGGUUACCAGUUUAUUAUACACUCAGCUAAAAAACACUUUGACACAUCUUCCUGUUUCUCCAUCUCCAUGUCAAUCUGUUGGCUGUUUUGGGGCUAAUGGUCUAAAUCAGUCCAAAAUGAGACAGGUUGCUUAGUUUGUUGUAAUUUUUCACAUAUCUCAAUGUGAAUUUAGGAUGGAAGGGUUGACCCCUGUCAUAUAUCUCCAUGUUAGGGUUCUUCCUUCUCAUGGACCAGGAGUCCAUAUCAGGUCAGAUGACCAUAGUAGACCAUAUUGGUCUGGAUUGGGAUGCUUCAUUAGUCUCAUGUUUAUCCAUGUCAAUUUAGGUGUGAUUGUUGUCUUAGGCAGUUGCAGGUGCUAGGGACUACAUUUGUAAAUUAAUUAUAUACUUUUACUUUCUUGUGCAAAAACAUAUGACCUUGUUUAUCAUUAGUGUGCAGCAUAAAGUACAUUUAAAAACAUUAUAAGUAAAUACCAGCAUUCAAAUCCUUCUAUAGGUAAAUAAACAUUUCAUAUUCCCAAAAAUAUUUUGAUUUAUAAUUGUAGGGUUAUCCAGAAAGAGUCCUUUUAUUUUAUUAAUCUUCCAAUGAAUUGGAUUAUUUCUGUUGCUAAGAAAUAUCACAAAUAACUUAUAUCAAUGAGGAGCAAAUAAGUAAUGACUAUGGCAGAACUUGUUUAGCUUGAAAUAUAAUGAAUGUAAGCUUCUAGAAGAAAGAAAACAUUUUUCCAUAAAUUUAAAUUUUUUUGUGAAUAAUUUGUGAACAGGAGGGAAUUAAAGGUAAGCCAAUAUUACCUUAUUACCUUCCAAGGGAGACUAUUACAAAUCUUUGUGCUGCCUUGGAACAUAAAUAAAAAAAAAAAACAUUGGUCCCAUGCCAUAAUAGUACAUGCACAAGCUCUGCCCACCUUGGGUCUCUGUUUUGUUCCAAUGUAUUUUUGUAGAUUAGCCUGGGACUUCCCAGCCCUCCAUAAUGCAAACACUCCCAAGCAUCAUAAAUGUAUUACUCCAUGUGAACAAGUCUGAAAUGCAAGCAGAACAGGUCAUGUUUUGGGAAACCUUCCAGGCCCCCAUGUGUUUUCUUUAGCAACUUAGUAAAUGUGUACUGCACGAGAGCACCACUUGGGAAAUUCUGUUAUUUUUCCUUAGUACUCCUCUUCUUUCUCUCUCACUUUCUGUCUGUCUCUCUAAUUUGAGGUGUCUGUCCUUCCUGCCUGAAUCAUUAGACUGCUAGUGAAUGUUCAUUUAUGGGAGAACAUCUGCUUAACCAAGGGCAGGAUUUAGUACUUCAGGCAUGUCAGACUUCAAUCUCAUGUUCUAUCUCAAAUUUAGUUACCAUAAGAGUGGAACAGUGAUCACACUCAGGAUACUUACUAAUGAUAAAUUACAUUCAAUUAUCAUAUGCAUUGACAAACACAAAAUUAACAAAAUUUCUAUAAGGGAAACUGUCUGCACAUAUACAGGAUACAUCUAAAGUACCUCCCUGUACUACAUUUGGAUGUAUGGAUUAACCUUAAUAAUCACUAAUGUACCUAUUCAGUUAAUGUAAGGGUUGUGAUGUCAGCUUUUUUAUUUAGCAUAUACCUUUGCUCAAUGUGUUUACAAAAUCAGGACUCUAGCAAUAUAUUAGAGCCCUUGGCAGAACAGAACAAAGUGAAAAAUAAUUAAAAUAUGUAUUACUAAAUUAUUUACUACCUGUGUGUUUUCUUUCAGAAAUAUCUGGAAGUAUUCAUUUAUAAUAUGUAUCAGAGACAAACACUGAGAAUGAGAUACCACUGUUGCCAUUUUGAAUAAUACAGGAGCAAGGGGUUUCCAGCAAAGCAUUCCAGUCUUUCAUUUACAGAGGAAACUGCCAGAGCCUGGUCUUCCUGUUGUAAUCAAUAUGUGUAGAGCAUUGCUUUUAUUUGAUUUGUUUUUUUUAUUCAGUCUGAAACUUAACCACUGUUUAUUUAUUUCAAGAAGAUGUAUCAUAACAAAUGAAACACACUAUAAGGUUAUAGUAAUUAGAGUCUGACACACCCUGACAGACAUUGCUAAAGAGCACAAAUUUUUUCUCUAUCAUGCUACAACAAAUCCUCCACAAAUUUCGGUUUUCUUUUAUUCAGUCUUGACUAUUAUUUGAAAAUUGUGCAUCCUUUCCUUAUAUAGUAUUUGGAGGUGUUUCGUGACACUGUUUAAGAAGUGCAUGGGCAAGACUCCUCUUUAUAAGAGAUUAAUUAACAAAGAUGUAGACACACGUAUUACCUAUAGAUAUCUUCAGUGAAUCAAAUCACAUUUGCUCACAGGCAGAUUGUUUAGGAGAAAAAUAUGCAAACACUUGUAUUCUGUAAGUGGAUUGAAAGUGUUUUCACAAAUGACUGAUUUAUUUCUGUGAUCCCAUAACAUGUGUAUCAUUAUACCACAAAACUCAUACCGGGAGACAGACAGCGCUCAUUUAAAGUAAAAUUAACCAUCAAAUACAGCAAACAAUGUAUUUAUAGAACUCUGAAAGAAAACUUGACAGAAUCAUCAGAUGCCAAACUAAGAAUACAUCUUAAAUCCCUUCCAAGUUACCAUUUACUAAGCUUUAUUUAAGAGCAUGAGAAUGAAGGACUCAUAAAAAACAGACAGAAAUACAGAGCUCCUGGUCUGCUAAAAUAUAUAAAUAUGCUAAUUUUUUAUUAUUAAGAAAAUCAGUUAUGUAAUAGGGCAAUAAAAGAAAAGUUUCAGGAAAAACAAAACUAAAAGAUAUAAAGAAGUCAUACAUUUGAUCCCAUAUAACACAAAUACUAAAAUCCCAACCCUCACCCACAACAGAAAGCUAAAUGGUAAUUAAAAUGGGGGAUCACUGUGUUAUACCAACCUCCUUUUAAUUAAAGUCAUAGGAGUUUAGUAGAAACACUGAUGGGGGCUCAGCAAAAUUAUUUUAGAAUAACAUUAAUGAAGAUUCUAAAGAAGCUCUGCACUGUUUCCACACAAGGAAAAUCUGAUUUUUUUUGAGUUUCAAAUAAUAUAAAAUAUAAAUUUCCAUUGAGUUAUGGAGGGUGCAUUCAGAUUCUUCAAACUGAGCAGAAUUAGUUGACUCAUAAAGAAUAUAGUGAAGGAAAUAAUAGUCAGUUUAUUACCAGAUAGCCAAAACUCAUUUGAAAUCACUUACAAAAACUGCUGUAAGAGGAUUUGUGAUGAUCAUAUGUCCUAUUCUAUCUAAUAUAUUAGAACAAAUCUUUCCUCAAAAGGGCUUUCAUUUUGGACAGUUCAAGCCCAAUCAAUAUACUCAGUUGUAGCUGAUAUGUCCCAAGGCUAAAAUGAACCUGAAAAGGUCAAAAUCUAAAGCAUGAGUCAUGUGCAGAAUAUUGAUGAAAAUGAAGAUGAACAAUGAGAACUGGCAAAGGGAGAGCAGUCACAGGUGCCCAUAACUUUUAAGUUAUCUCUAAUACCUUUUUAAUUAAGAAGAUGUUGUUAUGUUAUAGAAGAAGAAUCUUCAAAACAUUCAGCUAUUAAGACAGGAAACAGAAUUAUUCCUAGAUUGGCAUGGAGAUGGUUUACCAGCCCUUUUGUAUAGCUAACCCUCACUCUUUUCAUUCAUUUUUUUUGCAGCAUAGCAUGAAUACAGCAGAGUGAGGUGCCUUUUCAGAAAGAAUUAAUAGUACAGUUUUUACUUUCUACCAUCAUUAUUGCCAAUCCAUAUACCAUAGACAUGCUCAAGCAAAGUCAUUAAUUUUACCUGCACUAAAUCAGUCCAGCAUUAGUGAGUGAGGGUGUGAGCAACAGUGUACCCUCUGAUGGAAUAUUAUCCAAUACUGGGAUGAUUUCUGUCUUGCAAAAAUAGAUUCAGUCUAACUAUGACCUCAUAUUGAGCUAAGUGUGUGAAAUAUAAAUGGAUGGCACAACAUCUGUUUGGAAAAAAUGAUGUGCAUUAUUUCAUUUAUAAAAUAUUUCAUUCAAAGAAUCAGUGCCAGGAUGACUAUAAUCUAAUGUUACAUUUGUAUUGAACUGGAGGUGCAGAGAGAUAAAUAUACAAAUAUGAUAUUUGUAGGCUAGAAUCACAUUUUGUCUCCUUUUUACUCCAGUAAUAUUCCUAAUCUUUCAAAAGAGACCCUUUUUCUCUUCACACAUGUGCAUAUAAAAUUGAAAAGUGAGGACCUGUCAGACAUUGACUUUGAAAAAGUACAAUGUAAAAGACUAAUGCAAAUGAAAUCAGACAAAUAGGUAUGAUUAUUAAAUACUUAAGUGUAGUACAUUCACAAUGAGAUUGUUUGAGUUUCAAAAAGAAUUACACAGCAUAAUCAACCUUUAAAACUGAUACACAAAUUAAACAUAAUAAAUUGAUUACAAGUGUAAUUGAAUCUUUGUAUGAAUGUGAUCUAUUAAACCAGUUUAUUAGCGGAUAUGUGUCCAAUAUGGAGUGUUCAGCCCUGAAGUGUUUUCAGCUGCUUUAUACGGAGCUUAAUGGUGAUAAUGAAAGUUACUACAUGUUGUAAAGAAUUUAAGUGGUCACUUGUUUGUGACCCAUUACACUAAAGGUUGCUUCAUACAAAUAAAUAUAAGUCAGUUAUUUAAGUACUUUGUGAACGUGAUCACCAUUAAAGUUGCUAUAUAAAAUAAUUGAAGGAUUGUUUGAUUAAAAAUAAAGAAGCUAGUAAUCUAGACCAUCGCUCAUCCAUUAUUUGAACCUACUUUAUCCAGUACAGUGUGUCUGGGCAUCAGAGCCCAUCUUGUACAACAGACAAUCAGGAUGACAUAAAUAUGAUGUUAAAGUAAAUGUUCAUACUUUUGACUUCUUCACAUUCAUUAAUCAAUGACAGUUGUGACAGUUGUAGUAAAUGUUCAGCUCAACCAGCUAGGUUCUCUAUCUAUUCUCCUGCCCCUCCUGAAAAUUCAUAAAUGUUCCAAGGACUAUCAAAAUAUAUAAUCCAUUCAAGCCUGAUAUGUCCCUGACAUUUCUGUCACUGAGAGGCAUUGACAGCACGCAUCCAAACCAUCAAAAUCAGCUCUACUUUACCUGGAGGAGCAGAGUUUCUAUUCCAGUGUCCUCCCAAAAUGCUGAGCUCUUCACGUAUCACAGUUACCUUGAUUAGAAACUUCUUUUUGGCCAUUUUUAGUCAUGAUUUAAUUCUACUUUUGUCAUUAACCAGAACCCAUAACCCUAGGUGAGGAUGGGAAUGUAGACUGACUGGCAAAGCUUUGUCUAACAAUGUAUGUGUACAAAAUUCUCACUGUUGCACCAAUUUUUGAUCAAGCUUACAAUCACUUUUAAUCUGUAAAAAAGACCCCAGUGUACAAGUAUUGAUCCACCUGGGAAAGCUGUUCACCUCUUAUAUUUAAGAAACAAAACACUAUUUCCAAGGAGAAAACCAUGACCUCAGAUAUGGAGGUGAUUAUUGUUAAUCCAAUAUGAUGGGAUGCAGCUGCAAUUCAGUCAAAGAGGACAGUACUUUGGUUCUCAAACCGAGUGCUCUCCAAGUGACAGCUGCACUUUGAAAUCUUGUCCAGAAGAAAACACAAGCAACAUCCUUGGAAGAGGCCCACAUUCAUAUUAAAUGAAUUUGACUUAAUGGUAAGUGUGUAAACACAACUCUGAAAAUACCACAGCCAAAAGGCACACAGCAAUGGCACCAGAAUCUUACAGUUUGAGAUUUAAGAACCAACGUGGUAAAAGGUCAUACGUUUUUCCCAGGCCCACAAAGCACAUGUAAACUGGAUUGGCAAACUACAAUUUCCUUUCAGAUAUUUGUACAAAGACAAAUAGUUGGUCUACUGUUAAACUGCUGAGAUAAAAUUCACAUUGCUCUUGGUGGAUACGAGGUUUAGCUGGCCAUGCAGUGGCUUCCCAGGGUUGCUGUGCAAGGUCAUCCCUCGGCCACUGGGUCACACUUUCCUCUCAUUUUUAAAAACUGUGGAGAGCAGCAUUGAAAAGACCACAAUACACUCCACCAUAUCAAAUGCUUUCCUGCCAGAUUUCAUCCAUACCUGUGGCAUUUCCAUUAUCUAGAUUUUUAAUCAUCAUACCAAGUCCAGCACUAGGAACAGUUACAGCCUCAAUCAAUGCAUUUACACCAGAUUUAAAAAUCUCUUAUGCUGUGCUGCUCUCAUCUUUCAACAAUACCCCUAAUUUGAGGUUAUUGUAGCUGAGACUGGUACGAGCAAUGAUGUGCCUAUGCUUCCAAAGUUGAGACCACUCUUGAUUGGAAAGUCUGACACCAGAACCAAUGCUGUGCGCACAGGUGAGUCUGAAUAUAUCUGACUGGUAUUUUUUUCAAAUUCCUGCAUGAAUUCAAACUGUUUUCCCCACCAUACCAACGUCACAGUCCCAUGACGAAUGAUGGUGUACAUAUCCAAAGUUAGUUAAUGUUUUAGCAAUAUUAUUUUCUAUUUAUAUAGGUAUACAACGUAUUUGACAGGAACAAAAUCAAGGAGGCAUAUUGACAAGAUUUUGUGCAUGAAAAAUCUAAGCCAGUAGAGUGCUUUAAAAGUAAUUUUUUAAAAAAGGAACAUGUUAUUUUUUGAAAGACGCCUCCUACUCUUUACAGGAACAUUCUCUCAGAAUUCUAAAACAGUUACACAGAUUUGUUGGAAUCACUUUGAAUUUAUUUUAAAGUGAAACAGUCAUUUUUUAACUUACUCGUUGAAGCCAGAGGGUAGCAAUCUUGAACAUUCUGGAUGAAAAAGGCCUGAAAUUACUUAAAUGAAACAAUAAUAUGUUUUAUUAGCCUAAUAAAAGAAAACAGAGAACUUAGAAUCAAAUAUGAUAAUGAAGAUGGAAUACUUUGAUACCUGGCCUAUUACAGUAGAUCAUCUGAUGAAUUUUGCCACAGGCCCAGCCUCAGAAUAGACAUAUGCUUACUUCAAAAUAGUCUAUCCCUUUAACUUCAUGGUGAAAAAAAAUUAGGAACAAUUUGAAUUAAAGAGCUGCCACGAUUUUUGUUGAGAGAGUAAACAGUUCAGGACAACCCUACAGGGGAAGAGCAGAACUACAAUACUGCCAGUCAUGAACAAUACAUCCUCUCUUUACCCUUUUUAUUCUGAUAAUUGUUGUUCUGUAUGUAUUAGUUGUUUAUUGAUAGUGUUAACUCUUAUAAAUCAUAUUUCUUGAUUUUUCACUAAAAUAGGAACAUUUUUGAACACGUGGUAGAUAACCCUGCUGCUUUUCUGGGUGUGGGGGUAUUAGGUAAGCCUUUUCUGUGUCAUCACUUUCUGUGGUCCAAUCUAUGCAUUCAGUCACCACCCCUACCUCCAUUAACUUCAUAUUUGUGAAUUUCGUUCAUUUGAAGAAUUGGUCACCAAAAUUAUCGAAACACACAGUAUUUUAUUUUUACAAAUAGGGAAUACUCUUUAAUGCUUAAAUCAUGACACAGAAUGAAUUCUUCUACUUGCCUUUAAACCAAAUAUCAGAAAAUGUUCUCACAACAAUGGUUUACUCUGGGCCUGUACUACUCUGCUUGAGUAUGUAUGAGUGUGUUUCUGCAUGCUUGUCUACACAUGUAGAUGUAUAUCCUGUUCUAAAAUGUGAUCAUAAAGCUGUUGUGCUGUUGGAUAUACAGUAUUAUCAAAAAUAUGAAAAAUAUGUAGAGAAGUGGUAAAAGAUUUGGAAAUUCCGACCUGGAAUUGGAAUUUAGUGAUUACGUCUGCAUAACCCAUUUCAUCAAAUUGGGUUACAAAGUGGAAUCCACAAUAAAGGACCCAGCAUCCCUAGUCUAGAGAUAUUUUUCUCUAGCUCUCAUUAAUCAUAAAAUCAUAGAAAGCCAUUCAAGUCAAAUCUAUUUACCAAAGGUAAGGCUCUCACAGAGAUUUCUUCUACUGCACAGUUAUUUACUGUACAAUUGAGUGACAAAGAUGCGGCAAGUCAUAAUGACUCAGCAACACAUAUAUGACAAAAAAUUUGUAAGUAGAGGUGCCAUUUAAAUAAAUAAUAAAGCACUAGUGACAACUAUAAAUGGGAGGGGGUAUGAGGUGCCCACUCAUAUCAAUUAUGACAAUGAUCAAUUGAUGUUCAAAAUUAGUGAGCAUCAUUAUGGGGAUGUAUAUUUCUGAAACAUGCUCAAGAGAUUAUAAAGUAGGGUAACUGGGACAGAAACCAAAACCCAUUCAAAUAUCACCCCAAAAAUUACAAAAGUAUUUUAUUAGCUAACCUUAGCUAAAUGAGAUGUAUCCGCUGCAGUCUGGAAGAGAGAGAGACACAAGUGAGAAAUCCUUGAGUUACAGUCCUCUUAAAACCUAAAGUAACCAAUGAGGCACCCUGUUUUAUUUCUAACGAUGGUUUUGUUCAGUAAGUUAUUUUAUGUUCUUUGUAGUGAAUUGGCAGGCCCUUCAUGGUUUUUGUGUCUAAGCAGGGUAAUAUGCCAUUGGUCCUGAAGCAAAUCCCAUUUCUCUUUUUUGGUGAGUUUAGAUGCAAAUUACACUUCCCUAAAAGGGAUUUACCCACUAAGUCUUACAUAUUUAAGCAUUUAAAUGUGCUUCUGGAAAUACAGUAUAAGUCCACUUUGCUAUGUACAUGCUGCACAAUCACUGUUCAGAGAGGAGUUAUUCCAGUAAAUAUUAAUCUGUCCAUAAAUAAUUCCAGUUCAUAACAUGUGGAGUUUUAGAGGAGCUGAAGUACUGUAUAUCACAGCACCAGCACAUCCACAACAAACCCUCACCCAAAAAGGACGCCUGCCUAGCAGAGCUAUAUGAACCUUACCAUAACCAAUUACAUAUGAAUUUCUUUUCAGCUAUAGAAUAUUGCUUGGAAUAGUCUGUCCAUUAAAAUACCAGUGGAACAAGUACUGAGUAACCUAACACUUCUCUCAUAGCCCAUUUAUACUGCCAUCUCAAACAUGGUCUACUCUGAGGUAGGUACAACAGACUGUUCCUUUUUUGUCACAGUACUUGCACAGUAAAGAUCUGAGUUGGCCCAUCUUAUUCAUUGUAGCAGGUGGAUCAGAAUAAGCUGACACUGGCUGAAAAGAAUAACAUUUGAUGUAUGACUAGCAUCAAAUUUUACCAUGCCAUCACAAAAGCUUAUACUUGCUACUGAAAAACUAUAGCUCAUUUUUCAUUCACAAACAUAAUUAGCUAAAGUGUCAGAAGUCAAUGCACUGCUCUGCCAUUUUGGAACUAAAGCAUGAAAAUACUUUUACACCUUUACAAGCCUUUUGGCACAUGCGCCAGUGUUGUACGUAUGAUCAAGUGUGAGCCCAACCACAGCAAAGUAUCUCAAAUAUAUAUAAGGUAAAAAAUUGUCAAUUCAUCCUUUUUACCUUUUCCCAUUAAUGCCACUUUUGACCUAUAAGGAGUCAAAUCUUGCCCUGGAUCAAGCACAGCAUACGAACCAAUCCAAAUAUAAUUGUUCAUAUAUUAAACACAUUUUUUAUUUUACCAAUACUACUCAUACAUGUUUUAUGUAGUACCAUUAACAGCAUUUACCACUUUACAUGUAUAAGUAAACUGGAUUACAACUGGGACUAUUUUGUCUUUACUGCCUUAAGUAAAGAGAAUUUUGCAAAGGUAUAAUGUAGCAAAUACAGACCGUUUAAAGAGCACUUUUAUUAAAAUGAACAGCAACCCACUUUAAGCCGUCCCUCAUUCCUGCCUGCCUUGGAUACAAUACACAUUGUUACUUGACAAUCCCAAAACUAUACGGAAGAGUGCAAAAGUUUGUACAAAGUGGCACUUUGCACAUUGAUAAUAUUAUUAAAAAUAAUAGUCACAAGAUUUACUGUAUAUUUUAUAUUUUUGAAGUGAAAGGACAGCUUUGGAUUCUGUGUAAUCAGUGAAACUUUUUUCCUCAGAAUAAUUUUCACAAAAUGCAGAAAAUGUAAAAAACUGUGUUGUAUGGUAUGUCAUGAUAACAAGACAGACCAACCAUUGUUCAUCAACAACUGCAUCAAAGUGCAAUACAAGAAGAACAUGUUCAAAAUAGUCAAUUUAUUUAAAUACCCAUGGGUUAAAACAAAAGGAAAUUAUUUAAAAAUUGGAUAAUUUAUUCAAAAUAUAGUCUAGUAAGCACUGUAUGUAUAAUGUGUUUGAUUUUUUUUUCAAUAAAAGUAACUUAACGUGAUUUGCUCUGUUUGCAUAUUGUAAGUGCACACAUCUUGAUGAAUAGAUGCCAUUGUUGGAAAACCAUUUUAGCAGAAGAUUUUAUUUGGCUUCAGGUGCCGGUGUAAACAUGCCAAGCACUUUUCUCUUGCAUUGUACAAGGAUUAUAUCACCUGAGCUAUUAUCCAUUUCUUUAUCAUCUCUCAUAGGUUAGCAUGUAGCAGGCUAUGUUCUGUUACUAUGGAAGUCAUCUCUCUGGUAUUCUGUGUUACAUACCAUUUUUUAAAUUUAAUAUAUAUUAUGUUUCCUUCUCCUUUUGUUAAACAUGUAUAAUUAUUUCAUUCAUGAAUAAAUCAAUAUGUAACAAAAAA